CCCUCAUUCAGGAACUCGAUGCACCGGACUGUUAUUGCUCAACGUCAUCGUCGCUCCUCACUUCAUGUCCAUCCGCUAGCACGUUUAUAAAUUAUCAUCAUGGAUUAAAAGGACUCUGACUUCUUUCUUUCUCAUGGCAGAGAAAGAGGUGUGCAGUGACCAUGGAGGCUGUGUUUCACUCUCUCUUCAACACAGCUGGCCAGCUGCCGUGGUUGCUCCUGGCUCUGUUAACACCGUGUACAGUCUUGUGUUCAGUAGAUGUAAAGCAGACAAGAUGGCCGUUAUUCUCCCAGAGGCCGGUUCUUCUUGCCUGGAAUGCCCCAACUCAGGAGUGUGGCCCGCGAUUUCACGUGACUUUAUCUCUGAACCAGUUUGACAUCGUGGCAUCCCCCAAUGAGGGCUUCGUCCGACAGAACCUCACCAUCUUUUACAAGGAGCGCCUUGGCUUGUAUCCCUAUUAUAAUCAUGCACGCAUUGCAGUGAAUGGAGGCCUUCCACAGCUCGCCAGCCUCUCUCAGCACUUUGAAAAAAUGCCUGAAGGUUUGCACAAAUACAUACGUCAGGUAGAUGCAAAAGGUUUGUCUGUAAUUGAUUGGGAGGAGUGGCGUCCAUUGUGGAUCCGAAAUUGGGAUGCUAAAGCUAUCUAUCGAAAUAAAUCCCGUGAAAUGGUGGCCAAGAAGAAUCCUAAGUGGACACCGGAACAAGUGGAAAAAGUAGCGGAGCAAGAAUUUGAGCUCACAGCUCGCAAGUUCAUGCUGGAGACCCUUAAACUCGCCAAGAAUUUGUGGCCCAAUCAACUGUGGGGCUUCUACUUGUUUCCAGACUGUUACAACCAUAACUACAAGAGUGGCUUGAAGAACUACACGGGUCACUGUCCAGAUGUGGAGAUCCACCGCAACGAUCAACUGAACUGGUUGUGGACGGAAUCCACGGCCCUCUUCCCAUCUAUCUACAUGGUUUCUAGUUUGGCCUCUGCAAAUGAUGGGCGCCUAUUUGUCCGAAACAGGGUAAAAGAAGCAAUGCGCCUCGCAUCCGUUGGGAAUGGAUCGGCACGGCCUGUUUUUGUUUAUACCCGUCCUUAUUACACGGACGAGCUGACCCUCCUGACCGAGACAGAUCUGGUCUCCACCAUUGGCGAGAGUGUUGCACUUGGAGCUGCAGGCGUCAUCUUCUGGGGGGACGCUUCCUACGCCAGCAGCCAGAAAAAAUGCUCCAUCCUGAACGAUUACAUCCAGGAGCAUCUUGGCCGGUACCUCCUCAAUGUGUCCACGGCAGCCAAACUGUGCAGUCGGGUGGUAUGUAAAUCCCACGGCCGCUGUCAGCGCAAAGUACCAGACGAGGACGUGUACCUUCACCUCAGCCCCUCGGCACACAGCAUCACCGGUCAGGGUGGCCAGCUGAAAGUUACGGGCGUGCCGAGCCAAGCCGAGCUGGCGCUUUUCCACACACACUUUAAGUGCCAAUGCUACAGUGGGUACGGGGGUGAGACCUGUGCUGAGAAAAUAAGAGGGCUCAAUAGAGCCUCCUCUGUCUUAGGGACCUGGCCUCUUUGCCUUUUACUCCCACUAGGACUUCUCACACUGAUACACUGAGGGAAACCGAGAGGUCCAAAACUAUUCGCUGAUUCUGCCGGUCCUGAAAAGGAUAAAUCUGACUUUUUAACACAUUGGUGGUAUUUUACAGUGCGCUAGUGGUGAUGCUGAUUCAUUGUCAUCAGAGAUUAAUUUAUAUGAGAUUAUGUCGGAUUCCCAUACUCAAAUGGUACUGUGGUGUAAUUGUGGAGCUUUUCCCACAGAGGAUAAAAUGCAUAAUGAAAAAACAACACGCACGCAUUAUGGCUUCUAUCUGUUGAUUGAUCAAGCUGUCGUGUGUUUGCCUUACCAAUGCCUGCAUUGUGGCCGUGCAUUAUGCCAGAAAGUCAUCAUUUAUGCAAUAUGUAGCCUUUAAUAUCUUUGGCUUAAAGAAAUUACACAAACACCUGGAACUACGUGAACUACGGAGUGCUCUUUUUUUGUUGGUGCCUUAUGUUUGAACAACAGCAGUGUCUCAGCCCUCUGCUGGUAACAGAGAUGCUUUAUAUUGAUAUGAACCUUUUAAGCCUACUCAUUGUAAUUUGAUUCAUACAGGAAAAGCAAUGUAUACAGGAAUGGGUUUACCGAGCUUGAAAGAUUAAUAGACUUUAACUUACAUAGCGUCUUUUCUCCAGUCAACAGAGUUUACACUAAUGACAGAGGCUUAUCCGUACAUAUUCUAUCUCUGUCUCUCUCUCUCUCUCACACACACACACACACACACACACACACCAAUGGUGUUCCCAGACUGCACAAAAUGUGGGGUUCGGCAUCUUGCCCAAAACAUUUCAACCUGCGGACUCCUGCGGUUGGAGCCAGGGAUCCAACAGUCCUCUGAUUAGUGGAGAAUCUGCUUUAUCUCCUGGGUGGCUCCCAAAAAUGUGACUAUUUAUCUUGCAAAUUGUGUUGUUUUAAUUAACAUGGUUAAAAAGGAAACAUUUCAACAUCCUGGCAAUGUCAGAUCUGUGAACCUGCUCUACUUGUUUGGGAAAUCGGAUGUACACAAUUAGAUUUCAACUCUUUGUGGCAAAUGUAAGAUUGUUUUUAUAUAACUGUAUUGCUGCAUUUGUGGCUAAUUGUCAUGGCUUAUUUUUUAAAAUAAUUAUUAAAAUAUUCUUUUUUGUGUGUUAUUGGCUCGUUGAUAGCAACUAAUGUAGGUAAAUCUUCCAAUUGGUUCUUUGACAAAAUAAAUAUAUUUUUGAGUUCAA